AUGGUCACACUAAGCAUAUUCCAUUUCUUCAUUCUAUUGGCUCUGAUAUGGCUUGUGCUUCCUGGCUUAUUGAUCCCCUUUUGCAUAUCACAUAUCAAACAAGUCGAAAAGGACAUCAACUUGAUCACCGAUAAGUCUCAUCAAGAAAUAUGGUCGGUGGUACAAAAUGCAACUAGCGCAUUGCUUCCAAUGAGUUCAUCAGCAACCAAUUUAGCCAAAGUUGCAGCCUAUUCUCUUGGUAAUAAAACAGACAUCACAUUCGGAAUCAUUAAAGCUAAGGUGGCUCCUUUACUCUUUCAAGCUCUCUUAACGAUCCCACACGUGUCACAAAUAUCAUAUAUCGGAAAAGAUGGCAUGUUUUUUGCAUUAUACACUCAAUGGACUCAAGUCAACCAACAAAUCUUUGCUAUAUACUCCAAUAGUACUUCACUUUCAAAGGCCAAUAGAACCGGAAACAACUCUUUAUGGUACACUCAACCGGUAGAUUUUGAUACAGGAAAGUUAUAUGGAGAAUCUGUUAUGUUUCAUCCACAAGUUAUGGUUAACGAAAAUUGGUUACAACAAGCUAUUAACACUACAAAUGGAUAUGCUUCAUUAGGGAAGUCAUGGAAUGAUGUCAAUAAUCUUCUUGUCCUAAAUACAGCCCGUGUGCAUGAAAAUGGAGUUAUCUCGAUUGGAUUUGAGCUAAAAUCAUUAAUGGAUGUGUUUACUGGUAUUAAACCUUCUAGUGGAGGUUUGUAUUUGGUUACAAAAGAUGGGAAGAUACUAAGUAACGGGGUUCCCAAAACUCGAAUCUUUCUUGAAGGAAACACUGCAAUAUCUUUCAAGAUACUAAGAGAAAAUGGAUAUCAAGUUGGUAAUGAUCAUAAUAUAAUGUUACAACUCAAUUAUGAAGUCGCACAAUCGUAUAUUGUAGACAUUUUAGGAACAAAGUAUAUCUUAUACUCUUCUCCUUUCAAUCUCACUGGAAUACCAUCGGUAUUUGUAUUGGCAUUACCGUAUGAUGGAAUGCACAACAAGAUGCAUCAUAAUAUCAUAUUCGUGUUUGUUCUUCUUUUGGUAACGUAUCUCAUGACAACUGUCUCUAUAUUCAGUUUCAUUAUGUUUAUGGUGAGAAAAGCAAGCACGGAAAUGUGCUUAAGAGCUUCUCUUAUAAAACAAAAGGAAGCAACACAACAAGCAGAAAGAAAAAGCAAGAAUCAGAAUCUUGCUUUUGUUUCAGCAAGCCAUGACAUUCGUGCUUCACUAGCAGGCUUUGAUGGAUUGAUAGAGAUGUCAAUUAACGACGUUCGUCAAGUAUCAGAGUUAGCCAAAAAUUUUAGACUUAUGCAAGAAUGUUCUCAUCAUCUUCACAGUAUGCUGAACUCUAUUCUUGACACAAGUAAAAUAGAAGCUGGAAUGAUGGAGCUAGAAGAAAAGCCAUUCGAUAUAGUAAAAGUAGUCGAGGGUGUAGUCGACUUGUUCUAUCCUGUAGGUUUGAAUAAGGAAGUGGAUGUGAUUUUAGAUCUCCAUGAUGGUUCGUUGACCAAGUUUUCUCAAGUUAUAGGUGACGAACGCAGGCUUAGACAGAUAUUAUCUAACUUAUUAAGCAAUGCUAUCAAAUUUACCUCAGAUGGUUAUGUCUCGGUUCGAGUUCGUGCCAUGAAGCGUCGACUACAAAGCCCAAUAUUUGAUUCUAAACAUGAUCAAUCCACAACAUAUCUAUCAAGAUUCUUUUCCAAAACUAGCGAAAAGUGUGCUAACUUAGAAGGAAUAGAUGAAGUUCGUCGUGAUCAUAAUUGCAUGGAAUUUAUAUUUGAAAUAAAUGAUACUGGAAAGGGUAUUCCAAAAGAGAAACAAGGUUCAGUUUUUGAACAAUAUGUUCAGGUUAAAGAAACGGCUCUUGAAGAUGAAGGCACCGGAUUAGGACUGGCGAUUGUCCAAUCUCUGGUACGCUUGAUGGGAGGAGAGAUAAGCAUAGUUGACAAGGUUCGUGAAAAGGGGACGUGUUUCAGAUUUUAUGUUGUGUUUAAGGUUUCUCGUUCGGAUCUAUUUAGCAACAGUGAAGAUGAAAAGACACCAUCUCUUAGCAACUUGUCAGCAGGGUCAAACACUCCUUUCUGUAGUCCCAUACGUCAAGAUUCCAGUUCUUCUACAGUUGUUCUCUUCAUUAGUAGCGACGCAAGACGAAGAAUGGCACAAAAGUUUCUACGAGCCCAAGGGAUUAAAGUUUUAGCAGUAGAAAACAUACAACUACUUUUAGAAACUCUCAGGGGAUUCAGACAAGAACAGAAUAGCAUAUGCGCUUUAAGACCCGGUCUAAACUUAAGUUUUGGGUAUCUGAUACGUUCCAUAUCUAGGGAAUCGAGCCCAAAGAAUGUUCCUUUAAGUGUUUUAGAUGGGACUGAUGUGUCACCGGCCAGAAGGACUAAUCGGGCAACUGUUUCAGGUUUCAUAUUGCUUGUGAUUGACACAACUCGGGCUGAUUUUCAUGAGCUAUGCAAGGUGGUGGCUGAAUUCAGAAAAAACUCUAAGAAUGCUUGUUUUAGAGUUGUUUGGUUAGGAUUCAGGUGCAUGAAAGUCCAUGGUUUGGACGAGAAGCAUCUCCCACCAUCGGAUAUCAUCAUACCUAUGCCACUUCAUGGGUCACGUCUAUACUCAUUGAUUGAUCUUCUCCCAGAUUUCGGAGGUAUGAUUCCGUGCACACCACCUCAGGGGAAUCAACGUACGCCAAGUAGGCAAGAUGAAAUACAAGAAAUCUCUAAAAUUUCGCCAAGUAGCAGUAGUCCUUUGAGAGGGAAAAAAGUGUUGCUGGUUGAGGAUGAUAAAUUGCAACAGAUGAUAGCCAAGAAGAGUCUUUUGAAGCAUGGUCUAGUAAUUGACACAUGCACAAAUGGGGAAGAAGCAUUGACUUUGGUCUCCAAGAGUUUGAAUGAUCAAAGAGAUCUUGGAGCUUCACAUAUUCUACCAUAUGAGUAUAUUUUCAUGGAUUGUCAGAUGCCAGUGAUGGACGGCUGUGAAGCAACAAGGCAGAUACGACUAAUAGAGAAAGAUUAUGGUGUCUGUAUCCCCAUCAUUGGGCUAACAGCUCAUGCAGAAGGCGAAGAACUAAACACAUUUUUGGCAGCAGGGAUCAAUAUUCACAUAUGCAAACCACUGAAUGAGCACAAGAUACUGAAAGUGGUUAAAGAUCUCCACAGCAGAUAA